AUGGCGCAGAGGUAAAAAAGGGAUGGACAGCUGGACAAAAAUCUUCAAGAAACCCUUUGGACUCGACUGACAUGGAAUUUUACGGCAAAGAGUAAAAUUCUAAGCUUUCAGAACCUUCUCUGCUUUUCAUCCUUGACCCCAGGAGGUGAUGAACUUUGCCCUUCAGACAGUUGGUAGUCCGGGUCGCAAUCAGGGAGGUCGUGGGGCUUCUGCCGGCGGAGGCGGAGGCGGCAGCGGCGGAGCGACCAUGGAGAACUUGGAGAAGCAGCUGAUGUGUCCCGUCUGCCUGGAGAUGUUCUCCAAGCCGGUGGUCAUCCUGCCCUGCCAGCACAACCUCUGCAGAAAAUGUGCCAACGACAUCUUCCAGUCGUCCAACCCUGCGUGGCAGUCGCGCAGCUCGUCCAGCGUGGCCACCAGCGGGAGUCGCUUCCGAUGCCCGUCGUGUCGUCACGAGGUGGUCCUGGACCGCCACGGCGUGUACGGCCUGCAGAGGAACCUGCUGGUAGAGAACAUCAUCGACAUGUACAGACAUCAGGAGGCCUCACGGACAGUUGUAGUCAAGCCUGAGACGCAACAGCAGCAGCUGACAUGUGACGAGCACGAAGACGAGAAGAUCAACAUCUACUGCCUGUCCUGCCAGACGCCCACCUGCUCCAUGUGCAAAGUGUUCGGCCGGCACAAAGAGUGCGACGUGGCGCCGCUCAGCAGCGUCUACCUGCGGCUCAAGACUGAACUCAGUGACAGCAUCGCCGGCCUGGUUGCCAAUAACGACCACAUCCAGGCUGCCAUCACGCACAUGGAGGAAGUAUGCAACGCCAUCCAGGAGAACGCUUGCCACCGGCGCGAGCAGGUUGCCAGCCAGUUGGAGACGCUGACGGCCAUCUUGGACGAGCGGAAACAGGAGCUGGUGCGUCUGAUCACCAGGGAGCAGGACGAAAAGCUGCAGCAGGUGCGAGCGCUCGUACGGCAGCACGGCGAGCGGCUGGAGGCAUCCGUGACGCUGGUGGAGUCGGCCGUCCAGGCCGCAGAAGAGCCGCACAUGGCGCUCUUCAUCCAGAAUGCUGCUGUCAUACUGGACAAGAUGUCCGCGUCCACACGAGUCGCCAACGACCUGCGUCCGCAACUCGACUACGACAACAUGAGCCAUUUUGUCAUCGACGUCGACGACAUCGUUGAUAUGUUGACCAGCAUCGACUUCUGCCACACUGCAGCGGGCGAAGGUGAAGACGACCUAGAGGACGACUCAGAACUGGACUGAACGCCAUCAACACAGGGACUUCUCCCAAUGAGAUCCACAUGGUCCCUGCGCCACAUUGAGUUCCAUUUACUCCACUAUAAGUCACAGUAAUCUACAAGGUCCCUGCACCUCAUCAGGGACGUCAUGUAUUAAGAGUUGCAUGGAUGUCCUACUAAAAAUAGACGUACGUUCAAUCCAAAAAACAUCAUACACAAUAAUCAUACACAGAUGUAUUAAAGUGUGCAUGCGCACGCACAAAUCUAAGCACAUUUCUUUGUUACAUCACAUUGUACCUGGAAAUGACUGCAGAUGUAAAUGCCUGGCUGGCCAGCCCAGGCCAUGCCCCCUUAUUAAUACGCAAAUCACAUUGAUCCGUUGAGCGGCUGCAAUAAGAAAGAAAUGUUGAAACAGACGACUUAGGGGACCGGAGAUAAAUUAAUGGAAAUUUUGAAAAAUAUAGUCGCUACUAGAGAUGUCUGAUAAUAUCAGCCGAUAAAUGCGUUAAAAUGUAAUAUCGGAAAUUAUCGGUAUCGUUUUUUUUAAUUUUUAUUAAAUCAACAUAAAAAACAUAAGAUACACUUACAAUUAGUGCACCAACCCAAAAAACCUCCCUCCCCCAUUUACACUCAUUCACACAAAAGGGUUGUUUCUUUCUGUUAUUAAUAUUCUGGUUCCUACAUUAUAUAUCAAUAUAUAUCAAUAUAGUCUGCAAUGGAUACAGUCUGUAAGCACACAUGAUUGUGCGUGCUGCUGGUCCACUAAUAGUACUAACCUUUAACAGUUAAUUUUACUCAUUGUCAUUAAUUACUAGAUUCUAUGUAACUGUUUUUAUAUUGUUUUACUCUCUUUUUUAUCCAAAAAAAUGUUUUUAAUUUAUUUAUCUUAUUUUAUUUUAUGAUUUUUUUUAAAAAGGACCUUAUCUUCACCAUACCUGGUUGUCCAAAUUAGGCAUAAUAAUGUGUUAAUUCCACGACUGUAUAUAUCGGUUGAUAUCGGUAUCGGUUGAUAUCGGUAUCGGUAAUUAAAGAGUUGGACAAUAUCGGAAUAUCGGCAAAAAGCCAUUAUCGGACAUCCCUAGUCGCUACAAUGACAUGUCAAACUUUGGAAGAGGUGCGUAACUCUGAUAACCCUUCAUAUAAAUAUAAUUUGUGUAAUUAACAACAAAAUAUGUUCAUACAGUAGAGCGUGUUCACAGCCAGAUUAGUUUCAUGUGAAAAUGUUGUAAUAUUUGGUUUGCAAUCGUUUAAAUUCAAACCACAUUGUCUUUAAAAUCCAUAAAAUGGACUCAACUCUACCAGAUUUCUCUGAGGUCCCUGUGAAGUGUAUUUAUAUAGCUCUUUUCUCUAGGGACUCAAAGCGCUUUACAUAGUGAAACCCCUUUAAACCAGUGUGGGUGGCACUGGGAGCAGGUGGGUGAAGUGUCUUGCCCAAGGACACAACAGCAGUGACUAGGAUGGCAGAAGUGGGGAUCGAACCCAGAACCAUCAAGUUGCUGGCACGGCCGCUCAACCAACCGAGCUAUGCCAUCCCUGCACACCCUCCAAGUGCCCCCUUUGCUCACUUCCCUGCAGGCAGCAAGGGAACGUGGUCCACAUUGUCCCACUCUACCAAGUCACUUUUUUCACCUGUCAAGGUCCUUUGGCCUCAUCACGCUCUGGAAAGUCUCAGGAGACGAUACGUUCACAGAACAUUUAUUUCUUGUACGAUAUCAGUAUGUGUUGUUUUAAAGAUGGAAACAUGUUUUGUGUUGACAUAAGAUAUAUUUGUAUUCAUAUUCUUAAAGUUGCAGUGACUCAAGUGCAAAGAUUUAAACUUGUUUUAUUAGAAAAUAUAAAUGUUGGACAGAAAGACAAAGUGAUGGAUGGCAUUUAAACACAACCUCCCAGUCUGUAAACGUCCUGUUU